AUGGCAAGAACAAAACAAUCUGCAAAAAAGACAACUGGAGGUAAAGCUCCCAGAAAGCAAUUAGCUGCUAAGUCUACGAAAAAGACACCAACCGGCACACCUGGAUCAACAGAGAAGAGGACUAAGCAGAGGCAUAGAUCUGGUGCACUUGUUCUUAAGGAGAUAAGAAGAUAUAGGAAAGGUACAGAAUGUUUAAUAAGGAGACUUCCUUUUCAGAGACAUUGUCGUGCAAUUGUAAGAGAAUCUAAUAAUGCAGCCGAAAUUAGAUUUCAAGGACCUGCUCUUGCAGCUAUUCAAGAGGCGGUAGAAUGUUAUCUUGUAGGAUUAUUUGAAGAUUCACUUCUAUGUGCUACACACGCUAGAAGAUGUACAGUUAUGGCUAGGGAUAUACUUCUUACACUGAAAUUAAGAUCUAGGGUUAUUAAUACAUGGACUGAGCCUUAA